AUGGUGCUGAUGAAGCGGGGAGGAUGUGGCCGUGGAUCCGUGCGGGUAGAGCGGUACCGCAAGCAGAAACUUGUGUCCAGAUUGAGCGACUCUGGUUUCGAAGAGGACUUUGCAGCUUCCCCUCCUCCUCCUCCUCCUACCUGGGAAGCCCCGUUGCCUCUGGGUGCGGAGGAACCGGAGGUCGACCCGGCUGGACACGCUUUUACUUGGUACCUCCAGUACGGCGACGUCGGCUACAGGAUCCAGAGGGAGAGGGAGGCGCUGUUUUACCCGUGCCAAAGCCUUGCUCUCCAGUCCCAAGUGACGGCCCAGGCGCGCUGUGAGCUGGUCAGCUGGCUCAUCCCAGUGCACAAACACCUCCGUUUGUCCUUUGAGUGCUGCUGCUUGACCGUGAACAUCAUGGACAGGUUCCUGGCAUGCACGCCAGUGGCCGCCGACUGCUUCCAACUUCUGGGUGUCACGUCGUUGCUGCUCGCCAGCAAAAAGGUGGAGGUGUGCUCCCCCAGCAUCAGCAACCUCCUGUCCUUGUGCUGCGACACUUUCACCAAGGAGCAGCUCCGCAACCUGGAGUGUCUCAUCCUGCUGCGCCUCCAUUUCCGCCUGGGCGCGCCCACCCUGGCCUUUUUCCUGGAUUACCACGCCAACCGGACGGGAGCCGGUGCCGGGCCCCAGGGGCGCCGCGGCAGCCUUGCCCAAAAGGUGUGCGAGCUGAGCCUGGCCGACUACGCCUUCAACAAGUACGCCCCGUCUCUGACCGCCAGCUGCGCCCUGAACGUCGCACGCGAGCUGCUCCAGGCCGAGCACGUGAGCGGCGGGUCGGAGGACCAAUCAAAGGGCGACGUAAUGGAGGUUCGGAACGGGAGCAACCGCGGCAGUUUGGCUCGGGAGUGCCGAGACAACCUGAAACUGCUCGCUACUCUCAACCAGGCGACCCUGGAUCAGCUCAACGACAUGUGAACUGAAAGUGAAUUUACGUAGCAAAUUUUGACCGCAUCCACCCUUGUAGCUUACUCACAAAAAUGUUGUCGCGAUAUUUGUGUCAAAUUGUCUCCUAAAAUGCACUCUAAAUUUUAGGGGUGAACCGCUUAUCCUUACAAGUAGUGCAGGAGUGCCGGAGCCUAUCCCUGGCAACUUCGGGGGAAAGGAGGAUUUACACCCUGAACUGGUCGCCAGCCAGUCGCAGGGCACUUAAUCUGACCUUCUCUAGGCUUUUUAAUGCAAGUACAAAAAUUCAAUGUUUCAGUACUUUUGUUCAACAACAAUGAGCUGAAUGCCAAAAUAAACAGCAGGUGCUUGUUCCAUAAACCGAGCGAUACAUUUCCAAAUACGUACACUUCCGUAGGACAACAAUAACUUUGUGCUAAACUAAUCGGGCCCAGAUUUCGUACUAACUAAAUACAUCUGUGACCAAUUUGAGAGGAUAUUAUUAUUAUUUUCUGUAUUUAUAGUUGUUUUGUGACAUUUGUAUCUGUUGGUGUGGCCGUGAGAUUGGUGUCAUGUAAAAUAUGUGCCUUUGCUAAAUAAAUUUGG